AUGCGUCACCAAACCUGUCACCUGCCCAAUGGGCAGCUUUUCACCGUCACCCCCGUUUUCGGUGGCGUCAUGUUCAAGUCCAAGGAUGCCCAUUCCACCAGCUCCAUCCUCCCUCCCGGCUGGACCAUUGUACUUUCCACUGAACAUCAGAGUGGCCAGUCGACUCAGGAAUCCGGUUCAUUGGAGGGAGUCGCUGAUCAAGCGCAGGAAACCGGACAGAAAGAUGCACACGCCACACAGACGCGAUUCACAACGCCAACCCUUCGAGACGACAAUCUGUAUAUCUCCUACAUAGUCAAUCCGUCGGAUAUCGACUACAAACCCCCCACGUCGCCGACCCGUCAGAUUGCAAUGAUGCUCUGGGUCACCCUGUGGUGGUAUUUCCACGAGCCAGAGCCGAAUCCCCAUGUCCAAACGGAAGCUUCGUCGCGCACCCCACCGACAGGCAGGCCCAAGGGAGAUUGGCGCAUCUACAUCAAACGAGAGGGCAUUUUCAAAGGGCGGAAUUUGGUGCAUAAGCUGGAACGCAUGGGGAUCAUCAGAAGCGAGGAGUCGUCCGUCGGUGCAGAUCCGUCGGAUCAGGAAGGGUGGUCCUCGAUGUUUGCGAGCAGACGCUCGUUCUGGCAGCUCGACCCCCGUCUAUUCCUUUUCACCCUAACUCCACAAUCUGGACAAACGACCCCUUCCCCUUCCCGAAGCAGUUUUUACCUCUCCGAGUCGCCUUCAUUCUCUGGAGAGUCUCUCUCCCCCUACAUCCCAACCGAAGGGCCAUAUUCUUCCAGCAGCCAUCUCCCGACGUACUUCCCACCUCCCCCAACGCAGUACACGAUCACGAAUGGACAGCGGCAUCCCAUCCGGCCCAAGCCACCCCACCAAGGCGAGGUAUUCUACGUUCGGUACAUCCCAAGCGUCCAGCAGUACCUAUCAUUCCGGGUUCCCUAUCUGUCCAAAGAUAAGAAGAACGGCACUGGCAGCAGUCCGUCGGAUCUGGAGCUCCUGCACAAAUGGAUGAACGAGCCGCGGGUGAAUGCAGCCUGGGGAGAAGGAGGGCCCAUCUCCCACCAGGAGGAGUUUCUCCGCAACAAUCUAAACAACCGACACAGUUUCCCGGUGUUUGGGUGCUGGGACGGCAAACCGUUUGGGUACUUUGAGAUUUACUGGGUCAAGGAAGAUCGACUGGGGCCACUUAUCGGCAGCGCCGGCAACUAUGAUCGGGGGAUCCAUCUGCUGGUGGGAGAGCAGGAAUUCCGAGGGGCACAUCGGGUUGUGAUAUGGCUAGAUGCGUUGGUGCACUAUUGUUGGCUGGCCGAUAUGCGCACCGAGACGGUCAUGUUGGAACCGCGGGUGGAUAAUGCAAAGGUCAUCGAGUAUCUCCAAACGUCGGGCUUUUACAAGGAAGGCGAGGUCACCUUCCCACAUAAACAGUCAGCUGUGAUGAAGAUCAAACGAGAUUCGUGGGAGGCUCCAACGGUAUAG